CAUUCAGUCAACUUUCUAGCUCAGCUCUACGGUCAGCGCCCUUGCAGGCUGACAGACAAAGCUAAGCCCAAAUUAAAGUACCUGAUAGAAGCCCUGUUAGUGUGAUUUUUCAACCAUUAUUCUCAACACAGGGAUAAGCUUGUCUGGUGGUGACUUUUGAAUUUCUGUUGAUUUUUCUGUUCAUAUCUCAUAUGUGAGAAAUGUCGGUUACUCCUCAUGGAUGUAGUAACGAUACCUCGCUCCCUAUGUGCUAUGAGGGGUCAUCAGGUCCACUUGCUAUAAUUAUCAUCCCAUGUCUGUUGGCUCUGAGCACAGUUUUAGUGGUGGCUCUGAUUUUCUACAGUCUCCACAAGAACAAACAAAGAGGACAAAGCACUUCAGCCCAGUUUACAAAUGGCCAGCAGAUUGUGUCCCUAACGGCUGCUUCUGUAAGCACUCCAAAGGUCCAGGCUGCUUUGUAUCCCUGGGAAAUCCCUGAGGAGUGUGUUGUUGAGGGACUAGAGUGGCAGACAGGUCGCCAUGGCCCUGUUUGUAAAGGUCUGCUGAAAAGAGAGAUGGAUCCUUUUUCUGCUGUAGUGGUUAAGACCCUCCGAGAAGGCCCCAACCAACCUGAAGCUAAGGAGUUUGUGGAGUGGGUCCUCUUCCAUGCCACAGUGUGUAAACAUGAGAAUGUGGUGCGGAUGUUGUACUGUCAAACCAAGCGUGUGCCCAUGUAUCUGGUCUUAGAUGCGUACAGCCCAGGGAACCUCCUUUACUUCCUCUGGACACUCAGAAAUGUAAGACACGGAUUUUCGCUGAACUUCUCUGAGAGGUCAGUUUUUCUGGUAGCAAAGCAGGUUGCAGCUGGGCUGGAUUACCUGAUGUCAGAGCACAGGCUGGUGCAUGGUGAUGUUGCUGCCAGGAACAUCUUAAUUGGCCCCGGCCUCUCAGCCCGGGUGUCUGGGCUGGGUGUGGCAUUUCGAGGACGCAGAAUGGAUUCAGCAAUUAGGCAGAGAGCAGAGGUGCCUCUCAAAUGGCAGGCUCCGGAGAGGAUUAUGAUGCAGCUCAGUAUCGACAGGAGCGACGUGUGGUCAUUUGGAAUCUUACUGUAUGAACUGAUUACCUUAGGCUCUCCUCCAUACCCUGACAUGGAGACCCCUUCUGUGCUUCCAAAGCUACAGGGGUCUUAUCGGAUGAAGAGACCAGACAAUUGUGGAGGACCUUUGUAUGAUCUGAUGAAGUACUGUUGGAUGUGGAGUUUCAAAGAUCGACCUGCAUUCUCGGCCAUCAUAAAGCUGUUGGAGUCCUCACUGCAUCUAGCGUCUACAGAAGCCAUAUGUGUUCCUGAGAACAUAGACAUACUUGAGUAUAACAGAAAGGCAGGACUGCUGUCAUAGGCUCACAUGCUACCAAAUAAUGGCAACACUAUGGCUAACAGGAAAUGACCAACAUAUCACGUGUGAUUAUCUCUCAGAAUCAUAGACUGUAUAUAAAACUCAGAAUGCAAUGUCACAUCCAUUACUGGUAAAUGUCUACCACUGAAUUGGUUUAUUGGUAACCCUCCAACAAGUUAAAAAUAACUAUGUAACUUCACAGUAUUACAGUCAAACACUGAUGGUGAUGUAUUAAGGACA